CUAACGGCCGCCGGGCAGCGGCACCGGGGCAGCGGCCAUGGGCGGCGAGGGGCGCCCGGGGGCCCGGGGCCGCCUCCGCCUCGGGCUCCUCCUCGUCCUGCUGCAGGCGGCCCCCGCAGUUCAACCCUCACAGGGAUUUUUAAGAAGUGCAGUGCCAAGACACAAUAGCUUAAAAAUAGUGGGAUCCAUCAUAUUUCCAGUGAAAGUUUAUGUCAAGCUGGAUCACAACAGUCCACGUAUUUUAUGUGUUACAAAUCAUUUGAGAAACUCAGAAUUGAUUGAUCCGAUAUUCCGGUGGAAUGGACCAAGUGGUUAUCUUUCUUCGGAAAAUAGCAGUGUGCAAAUAUCACCAACGGGAACUUUAAUAUUGAGACACUUCAAAUCUCAUCUGAGUGGAGUUUACAAUUGUUCUCUUCUUUAUAAGUUAACAGCAAUGCAACCUGAUAAAAAACUCAUUUUAAAAUAUCUUAUUUAUGCUUACUCUGAUCCUCAAUAUUACUAUGAAUUGACAGUACGGUAUCACGCAGCUCCCUGCAAUAGUUUUCAUAAUAUUUCUUUCAAGAAGGCCUUGAUUCAGAUACUAAACAAGCUUGUUGCUGAACUUUCUUGUGAGGUUAUGUUAAUUAAGUCAGAAUGCCAUCAUGUAAAAAUGCAGAGAGGAGGUCUACAGAAUGAAAUGUUCUUUACAUUUUCAGUUACUUGCUUAGACAGAGAAGAAAACAACAGACUAUGUAAGCGAAGUGCUUGUGAUGCAUCUCACAGAUUAAACAAGGCAAAAUACCUCAUAGAGAGAUUUUUUAAGCAAGAAGUAGAAGUUAGGAAGAAGACUGCUGAACCGUUGCCUGAAAUAUACUACAUUGAAGGUACUCUGCAAAUGGUGUGGAUUGAUCGCUGCUAUCCAGGAUACGGAAUGAAUGCUCUAAGACAUCCAGGCUGUCCAGAGUGUUGUGAAUCCAAAACACCCUAUCAUAGGCAGUAUAACUGAAAGGGUCCUCUGCUAUUGACCAGUCUAUCAUUCUACCUCAAAGCAAGAUACCAGCUUCAAUUAUUCCUGACAGAUGUGUCCUGCAUGAUCUUGAAAACCUCAGAGGACAGACUUCACAGACUCCAAAGGACAUACAACUCAGUACUCAAAAUCAUUGCUACUGGAAAGCUUUUCUCUCAGAAACGUUUGUAGUUUCCCUUGAUAUAGUUUAUACCUGCUACUUCUUGUUAUGUCUCAGUGAAUCUGGAAACAAUUCUGUCAACUCUAUCUUUGCAACAGCUUUUGUACAUCCUUAGAAGACUGACCGUUUUCUUUUUCUGAUACUGUCUUCACUGAACUAAGUUCAGUCUCUUGGGUCAUAUUUUGGGUCAUGUUUUGGAUCAUGACCUCUGUUCAACAAUAUUAUUAUCUACUACAGGUUCUCUAUGUUUCUUUUCUAUACCUCAGACUUCAUGAGUAGUUCUCUAAAGACCAUGCUAACAUGGGAGAAUUACUUUGUGUAUCUUACAUACAUGGCUAGUACUACUCACUAUGCCUUUUUUUUUUUUCAGCAAUAUGAAAUGGAUUCAUAAUCAACCGUGAUUUGCUACAAUCCCUAAAUCUGUUACAAAAAGAGAAAACAAAAUAUUUUCCCAUUAUUUUUCUUAGUGGGAAAGCUUUUUCUAAAACAUGCACUUACUCAUGGAAACAUUUUG